AUGAUGAAGUUUGUUGUGUACGCAUCUGUUUUGGCUUUGGUUGGAGCACAAUUCCCAGGUGAGAUAUAUUUUUGAUUUCAUUUGAUAUGUUUUACUCCACUAUUUGAUUACCAUUCACUAUUUACCCAUUUCCCCUUCCUCAAAAACCCACCCAAAAUAAAAAUAAACAUUUUAUCCUAAUUUUAGUCGCACCUCUUUAUUCGGCAUGUAGUGCUGCAGUUCCUUGCGCUGCUGCCGCAGUUUGUCAACAAUCUGUUUGCGUUCCGGCGGUCGCUGCAGCUCCACCAGCAUAUGCUCCAGCUUUUGCACCAGCUCCAGCUGUGAUUCCAGCUCGUGCUCCAAUUUAUGCAGCUCCAGCAUUUGCUCCAGCUCCAGCACCUGUCUAUGCUCCAGCUCCAGUUGCUUAUGCACCAGCUCCAAUUGCUGCUCCAGUCAUCGCUGCUCAACCAGCCGCAUGUGCCACUCCAUGCGUUGGAGCCGGUCAAUGUGUUUCAGGAGCCUGUGCAUGUGCUAACCCAGCUGUUGUCUAUUCCCCAACUGUCGGAUGUGCCCCACAAAUUAUUGCUCCAGCUAUUCCAGUUGCUCCAGCUCCAGUUGUUGCCGGUCGUCUCAUCCCACAAGCUCUCCCAGGAUCUCCAUGUGAACCAGGAGUCGAAUGUACCGGAGGAUCAGUCUGUUCAGUCGGAGUUUGCUUGUGCCCACCAGAAUUGGUUCAAGAAGGAACUGUCUGUGUUGCCCGCACAAUCUACGGAGUUGUUCCACCACCAGUCAUCCCAGUUGCCCCAGUUGUUCCAGUUGCUCUCGGAGCCCCAUGUGCCGCCGCCGCCGUUCCUAUCGCAGCUGCCCCAGCUUGUGCCGGAGGAGCUGUUUGUUCAGCAGGACUUUGCCAAUGUGCUCCAGCUUACGAACCAGUUCAAGGAGUUUGCGUUCGUAGACGCCUUUAGUGAGUUUGAUUUCAUUGUUUUCGUGCGAUAUUCGAGUUUUCGUACAACUUGUAUAUUUUCAGAGAUGCCACAACAUCCAAUUCAUUAA